UGCGUCGUCAGCUUCUUGCCGAGAAAAACCCCGGCUCGCCGACGUGCGAAUCAUCCGUCGACGACGACGGCGAUGCGCGUCGGAUGCGGGUGCAUCAUCACCGUAGCGAGAGACAGAUCGCGCGCGGAGCGUCGCGACGCAGCCUCUGGGGAUGAUUUUAAGGGAUGCCGGCAUUUCGGAAGUUGUCGCGGUGAAACUUUAAUAUUGACAAUGCAACGAUUGCAAGCUUAAUGAGUUGAACGCAUAUGGCAACAGAGUGUCAAAAAUGUGUCGAUAAAAGUGCAACGGCUAGGACGCGAGUGAGAAAGAACUGCGUUAGUUCAAGUAAAGAAUGUGUAAUUAGCGAUGUUUUGUGAUUGGCCGCGAUGAACAUCGACAUUGGCGAGAAAUUUCCUCUCAAACCCCAUGUCGAAUAUUGCUCUGAUCGAUUUUGGAUGUAAGAGAAAAUACUCAAUUAUGUUGCAGAUUUAAAUUUGAUUCGACGUGGAGCGACCUUUCACAAAGAGAAAUAUACUAGCAUCGUGUUCAAAGCGACAACAGAUAUGGAAUAGAAGACUGAUUAAUUACUGUUUUUAAUUUAUAAAAAAAAUACAUCCAUAUUGCGAGCUUCUUAACGUAUAAUUAUUACGUGGCAUUGCAUGAAGACAUAUAAGUAUUUGAUUCAGGAAAAACAAAACUUCCGGAGAGCGACGUCGUAAUAGAUAUUUUUACUUUAAAUCAACAUAGGAUCACAUAUAAAAAAAGUUGGAGUUAAUUUUUAUUAGCUAAUGCACUACCUCAAUGACGGCAGGUAUAUUUGAUUGCACUUGUCAGACCAUAUUCGUCGACCAUUUUUAUACGAAACCUCUUACAGUGACGAAGUAAAGUUGGUUGUUGAUGCCGGCAAACGCAACAUAUCGCAAUAUUGCGGGACCAAUGCUAUUGAUAUAAAACGAAAUUGUGUAUAUACAGACAUAAAUGUGCCGAUAAGCCUUAAUUAUAAAAGCUAUGACUAGCAAAAAUAGCUCGAUAUAAUUUUUGACAUGAGCCCUACAUCCAGCACAAGAAAAGAGCGAUCGAUACCGUCGUAAAGGGGAUUAUCUAAAAAUGGCAGGAAAGGUCCACGGUUUCUAUGUUUAUUUUCUUAAGUGUACGAUGUAAAGAUAAUUGCAAGGCGCCAAUCUUAAGACAUGUUACUUGAUAAAAGUAUUUUGAGAAAAAGAAGGAGAAGCUUCUUUCGCGUGUAGUUCCACCUUUGCCGAACGAAGAGUCGGCCGGAAAUUGAAAAGAAGGUAGAAAAGUAAAAAUAAAAUGCCGAAAGGAAGUUCAGGAAAGGAUAGCAGUGAGAAUAUCCAACUGGAGCCUCUAUCUAGAGCCUCUAGGCAAAACGAAUCUGCCGUCACCACAGAAGACGUAAAAGCACCGCUAAGGCAUACAAGAAAAACAUGUGAUUUAGAAGAUAGCAACGCAGGAUUGCACAGACGUAAUUUUUACGAGCGCGCGAAUGAAGUCGUUAGGUGUUCUGAGAGAAAGACUUAUUGUGUACUUUGUAUCUGCUGCUUGGUACUUCUCAUUACGUCACUCAUCAUCGCCUUGGCACCUUUACGAAAUGGCUGCACUUGUCCCGAAGAAGAGUCCAAUAAAACUGUAGAUGAUGAAAAAGACACCGUGCCUCGAAUGGAGAAUGGAGAGGUGUUUCCAUGGGAUAACAUAAGGUUACCUUUAUUCGCACAUCCUACUAGGUACAAUAUUACAAUGCAUCCAAAUCUUACCACCUUAGAAUUUAGAGGACGAGUCACAAUCGAAUUUUAUGUCGAUGAAGAGACCAAAUUUAUUGUCUUCCAUUGUAAAAACUUGACAAUAAAAGAACAAAUAGUCAAAGAUGGCCAGGAAGAAAUGAAAAUUGCGAAAUUACUCGAGUACCCGAAACGUGAACAGCUGUAUCUGGAAUUAGAGGACAAAUUUCGAAAAAAAACCAAUUACACACUAUUUAUGAGUUUCAAUUCGACGCUGAAUUCCACUGAAUUUAAAGGGUUCUACGUCAGCAGCUAUGUUACUCCCGAGAAAGAACAAAGAUAUCUGGCCACAACUUAUUUCGUACCAACAUACGCGCGCAUGGCCUUUCCAUGUUUCGACGAGCCACAAUUUAAGGCCAAAUUUAAGAUAUCGAUAUACAGAGAUAGAUUCCAUAUUUCGUUAUGCAACAUGCCAGUGAUCAAUACUGAGGAAGCCGGAUUUUACUUGGGCACAAAUCUUUUACGCGACGACUUUCAAGAAUCUGUGGAGAUGUCAACGUACUUGGUGGCCUUUGUGGUAUGCGACUUUGAAAGAGCUUUCGAAUUAACCAAGAGAAAUACGUCUGUGAGCGUGUAUGCCGCAGCGCACAUGCUUCCGCAAACGAAAUAUGCCAUGAUUACUGCCGCUCGUAUUAUGGAUUACUUUGAAUCCUUCUUCGGCAUACCUUAUCCUCUGCCAAAACAAGAUCUAAUAGCAAUUCCCGACUUUGUGCCUAUUGCUAUGGAAAAUUGGGGCCUAAUCAUGUUCCGAGAAUCGUUCUUGAUGUUUGAUCCACAAGAAACAUCUACCGAAGUACAAGAACGUAUGACCGUUCUUAUGGCUCACGAAUUAGCUCACCAAUGGUUUGGCAAUCUCGUCACGAUGAAAUGGUGGAAUGAUAUCUGGUUGAACGAAGGAGCAGCGACCUUCCUUGAAUAUAAAGGCGUAAAUCACAUUUUGCCCGAGUGGGGCAUGAUGGAUUUACUUAUUUUAUACAAAACUCAACGAGCACUCGAACUCGAUGCUCUGGCCAACAGUCAUCCAAUAAGCGUACCCGUUGAAAAUCCUAUCGAUAUAGAAAGCAUAUUCGAUGCAGUUAGCUAUUAUAAAGGCGCUUCAAUCCUUUACAUGCUGGAAGGAGUUUUAUGUGAGAGCGUUUUCAAACGCGGAUUAAAUGAUUAUCUAAAUUUACACGCAUACGGAAAUACAGAGACCAACGAUCUGUGGGCAGUUUUCACAAAGCAUACAAAGAAUUCAUCUGCCAGUACUGAGCUCGAUAUAAAAACAAUAAUGAAUACUUGGACUCAGCAAAUGGGCUUUCCACUUGUAAAUAUCAUCCGUGAUGGCGAUAUUAUCACGGCAACUCAGAAAAGAUUUCUCACUUCGCCACGAGAUAACAAAACAAACAUUUUGCAGCCCAAGUCACCUUUUGACUAUAAAUGGUAUGUUCCGUUAAAUUGCUACACAAAUAAAGAGCCUCCGGAUCAUUUAGAAGCGUGGAUGAAUAUGACCAAUGCGUCUUUCGAAAUACCGAGCGACGUCGAUUACAUCAAAUGCAACAUCAACCAAACCGGCUUUUAUCGAAUUAAUUAUCCGAAGGAGAUGUGGGUGUCAAUCAUUAAGACUUUAUUGAAAAAUCAUACCAAGUUCAGUCCGGCAGAUAGGGCGAGUCUCAUCGACGACGCGUUUGCGCUUUGCGAUGCGGGCGAGCUGGAUGCGUCAAUUCCGCUAGAACUUUCACUUUAUCUUGUCAAUGAAACAGAUUACGCACCGUGGGAGACAGCGCUUCGAUAUCUAAAUUUUUGGAAGAAAAGAUUAGGGGAGAGCGAAGCAUACAAGAGAUAUAUAUUAUUCUUCAAACGACUACUGGGUCCGAUCACAAGAUAUAUCGGUUGGAAAGAUGAAGGAUCUCAUUUAAAAAAAUUAUUAAGAAUCACAAUAAUGAAAUCCGCGGUCGAACUACAAAUGGAUGAUGUUGUGAAAUCUGCAAAGAUUCUUUUUAAAGACUGGAUAUCAAAAGGCAAAUCCAUCGCACCUAAUAUACGAAAUAUCGUUUAUAUCGCAGGUGUUAAAUUCGGAGAGGAGGCUGAUUGGCGAUAUUGCUGGCAAGUUUAUCUUCAAACAAAAAUUCAAAGUGAAAAACUAAUGAUGUUGCAAGCUUUAGGUACUGCGAUGGAUCCUUGGUUACUUAAACUUUAUCUUCGCCUUUCACUGAAUCGAACACUAAUUAAGGCACAAGAUGUUAAUACUAUCCUAGCUUCUGUUGCUGGCAAUCCACAAGGACAUUAUCUCGCUUGGCGUCAUAUUAAAGCUUACUGGUCGCAAAUAGAAGAUUUAUACGUGAAUGAAUCGCUCUCGAUAAGCGAUCUCAUACGUAGCAUUGUUCCUGAUUACUUUAUCACGGAAUACGAUUAUCGCGAAGUCUCGGACUUCUUCAAACAACACAACGUUCGCAGCGGUAAGCGCGUACUUCAACAGAGCUUAGAAAUGAUAAAGUUUAACAUCCACUGGGUGAAAAUAAAUGCGAAAAGUGUGAAUGAUUGGCUCGUUAAAUACUUCACUGAAUCGAAUCUUGUGAGUUAACCUUUGCUCGUCGGAAAUGGAAUAAGAAUGGUCCGCAACGAGCAAUCAAUCGUUAUGCCACUAUGGCUAAUUUUUCUACUCGUUCUUAUUGACGCGAGAUACCCCUAAGAUAUACGUGAUACAGCCUAUGAAAAAUGAGACUCUUGAUAUUUAGGAGAUAAAAAGAAUCUCAAUCAUUAUCUUAGAUAUAAAUUUGCAGAUCAAAAGCCAACCAUUUCCGUCAGUUUUGUUAGGGGAUCAUCUUCGUCAGGCAAAGCAUAGAAUUUAAAGGGCGACAAUUCUUAGACAAGGACAAAGUAUUUUCCUUGAAAAGAUACUUUCGCUACUGUACAAAACUCAUUAUCAUAAUUUGCCUGUUCUGAGAAAGGAUCCCUUAACAAGCAUAAAUAAAACCGAAUUGUUUAUAUGUAAUACAUUAUACACCGAUUUAUAUAUACGCACUUUCGAAAGUAUUUAUUUACCGUGCACGCAGCGCGUGCCGAUCGGAUCACUAAUAAUAAGUAUAAAACGAGAUAAUGAGAACAGAAACAUCGUUGUUCCUAGGGUAGUCGUUGACCUAACGUUCGGCAAAUAAGAGCUAACGACAUACAUACGUUUACUGGACAUCAUAAACUUUAGUCUCCCAACUUUACUAUAUUUUAUUAUAACAAAGAGCAAACAAAUGGAGUAAUAUUAUCUCCAUGUGAUGUCUAAACUCCAUUCCUAUAUAAACCAUCCAAUAAAUUAUUACUUUAACAGGGAGAGUUGAGCUUGCGACAAAUUUGUCGAAGAAAACGCUAAUUAUACGGCUUUAUUUACGGCCCAUAGAUAAGUAAAGUUGCGUGUAAAACUUGCAGUAUUGCAAGCGCGUUUAGAAAUAAUAGAAUUAUCAUGAGUGUACGAGCGAUCGUUUCACAUGUCUAAGUAGCAUAUCAAUGUACGGCAAAGAGGCGUGAUGCGCUAAAUUGCUCGGGUCUGUGCCUGUGUCUCACAAGCACCGUCCAAAGAAAAUUUAGACAAGACGAUGUUAAAGGAAAAUUCGGCCGCGAGUCAUAUGAUUGUAUGUCAAAUUAAAUGUAAAAAAAAAAAAAGAGAUUGAUGUACCCCGUGCGUGUCGCGUAUUCAUGUUUGUUAGAGAUUGCUGGAGGCGCAGGAUACGUCUCGUGUGGAGUUGAUUGUUCUCCAUGCGAAAUAGCAUAAAAAAUAGAAAAUUGGAUAUUUUAUUAUGAGAAAGUAAAUAAAUUUGUAUAAUCUAAACAACGCUUUAUACAUGUAUGAUGUGCACAUAUUACUAUAAGAGACAGACGUGUUUGAUGGACUACUUGUAAAGUAGUAUGCUGAUGCAAAACUUAUCUAGGAACUUUUGAUCGUUUUUGGCAUUUAAUAUUAAAAAAUAUUUAUUAGUUAACAAUCGUAUAUCUUAAUUUGAAUCAAAUCGUGUAUGAAUUGCAAAAUGCGACUGGUGCCCGAAGCAAUUAAAUUUCCGUCAUAUUUCAAUCCGCUCGAUCGUACUAUUAACUGCUUGGACAAUAAACGCCGGAAAAUAGUGAGAUAUAUUAAUGAGUAUUUAACUAUAGUUAAUUGCUUUAAUGAUGUAAAUUGAUUUAACAUUUUAAGGCUUAGAAAUCUAGGUGUCUAUUGUAUAAAACUAAACGCAUAUACGAAUACACAAAGACGCGAGGAGACUACAAAGUAUAAUAACAGAGUUAUACAGAGAGAGCAAAGCCGAAACAAAUUUCUGCUCCAAUCGAAUAAUGUAAAAUUACCCACGAAUACUCUCAUAUAUGAUAUCCAUUUUAUUUUUCUAUUAUUUCUCAUUCCUGUUACAAAAAUAAAUUUUGAAUUUUAAAUUUGCAUGUUCCCGUGAACAUGUAGUUAAAAACUGAAGCAUUUUUUGUUAGUUAACUGAAACACAUUUUAUUAUUCAUCGUCACGUUGGGAACAUAUAGGACACGUCGUAUUUUUUUAUCACGAGUCUUUACUGCCAUUCGUGCUUGCCAUUAUUAUAUCCACUACAAAAAAAAAAAUGACAUUCUCUCAAUAUUCAAUAUUUAUAAUUAAUAUUUUUUCUUAUUAGAUCAAAUCUACUAAACGGCAUGUAAUUUUCCGCAUUUGCAAGAUUUACGAUUCCAUGAGCUAACUGAGGGCACGCAUACAUAUACGUAUCAAUACAUAUACACAACUUUCCAGCACAUGGAACAAAAAUCUGUAAAUAACGACAACAUGAAUCAUUUCAUCGUCCCAUUAAGUAGAUUUUGAUACACUCCAAACGGCGAAUUAAUGAAUCGACGCACAAUUAGAUAUCUUACGUGUAAAUAGCGUAUUUUUUCACCAACGAAUAUUCUCUCUUGUUAAAGAGUUAACAAAUGAUAGCAUCAGGAUUUUUAAGAAAGCGUCCGCUCGCCGAUUUGCGCGAGAUACAAACCGAUUGGCCUAUUUUAACAUUCGAAAGUACUCGUGUAAGUGUAUACGUAAUUUAUUCGUUACUUACAUAAUUACGGAUCAAAAUUACAACAAUUUCUUAGUUCUAAAUUAUUUAGAUAGAAUAACAAUAUCGAACGAUUCAAAUAUUAUAUAAAUAUGUAUUUUGCAGUUUGUUAGUUUGCAUUGUCUUCAAUUAUUUAAUUACUUAAAAUUCAAGAAAUUAUAUUUCAUUUCUUUCUUUCAUUUACAUUUUAGCCCUAUUAUUAAUUUAUAUUUAAAUAUGUGUUCAUGUUUUUUGCAUUUUUUCUUGUGGGUAAAUGAAUAUUCAUGUAAAUUUCUACUAUUUUUAUCUAAAUAGAGUUAAUUUUUUUAAUAUUUUUAUUCUUUACAUCUUGUUUGUUAGCACGCAUCUCCUCAUUAUUUGUUAUAGAUUUUGGAUUGAUUUUGACAUAAUAGCAAUUUAAAUUUUAAUUUCUACGAUUCCACCCAUGUAUUGACUAAUAUUUUAUGAAAGAUUGAUGUUGAAGAUUUUUGAUUGAAUUUGACUCAAUAUCAACUCUUUUAAAUUUUGAUUCUAAAGAUAACUUGACUAUAAGCAUUGACCAAUACUUUAUAAAAAUAGACACUCGUGUAGGUGAAUGACAUGUUAUGAACAACGGAGAAAAUGACAUUAUUUAGUAUCAUUUCGUUCAAAUUUUUUUUCUUCGGGAGAUGUAUAACAAAUUUCUAUUUAGUUUUUAUAUAAACAUUUAGCCUCUUGUAAACUUAUAUUUUAUUCAGUUUUUUCAUCAGUUUUAUUUAAAUUUUCGGCUUUCUACAAUGUUUACACAUGGCUGAAAAUUAAUAAGCAAACAUUCCGUUAAAUGUGUUUAUUAUUAAAUAUAUUAUUUAUACAUUUGAUUAAUCUGUCAUGAUUCAUUAGUCUUACGUGAGUGAGUGAUUUAUCAAAACGCCCAUAGACAUACACAUAAUGUCGAUAUUUUAUUUCGCAUUAAAAAAAAAUUCCAUUAAAUCAGAUCCAUUGUAUGUGAGAUAAAACAAAGAAAAAGUGUUAUAUCGAAAGACUGUAUGUAUAAUCAAGAGUACACUUAUGUAUUUUACGAAAUUAUGACACGAUCUUAAGAAAACGAGGCUGUCUUAUUCUCGUAUUUAUGAAUGAAUUAACAUAACAGUAUAUAUUGUAUACCGUUCUCAACUGUACAUUGUUGUCAUAGAUAUUUUGUUGUAUAAAAAAAACAUAUAUAUAUGUACAAGCAUAUAAAUGAAUAUAUUAUAUGUUUAACGUACAGCAAAUGUAUGCGAUAUGUAUUUUAGAGCCCAAUUUAUGAAGAAAAAUCAAAGCAUGAUAGAUCUUUGAGAACAGACUGGCAUAGAUAACGAACGUAAAAACAUAUCUUUUUAUUUAAAGAUAGAUAACAUAAAUAUCAUAAUAUUAUAUUAAAUAAUUAAAUGUUCAAAUGCACCAGGAU